GGUCCGUGCCCUCCGCGGGGUUUCUGCACCGUCAUGUGACCUCGCGGCCUGAGCUCUUGUCGGUCGGUUGGGUCCGAUGCCAUUUUGCUGCUUCCUUUGCAUAUCUCGUUAAUAUUCUCUCUUGACUCCCUUUAGCUGCGGCGUCGGGCAACGCUUGUGCCCUGUUCGCAUACAGCCUGCUACUUUACCUCUCCUGUUUUGUGUGUUUCUUGUUUAUCUUGCCCGUUUGUGCCAUUUUCACAAAAUCGAUCUGUGCGGCGGCGUUUCUUGGGAUAGAGGGAGGUAAACCGGCAUCAUGGCGCGAGUCUAUGCAGAUGUGAAUCAGCAAAUGCCCAAGUCCUAUUGGGACUAUGACAGUGUAAACAUAUCCUGGGGUGUGUUGGAGAACUAUGAGGUUGUGAGGAAAAUUGGGCGCGGGAAAUACUCGGAGGUUUUCGAGGGGAUAAAUGUGGUAAAUUACCAAAAAUGCGUCAUCAAAGUGCUAAAGCCGGUGAAGAAGAAGAAGAUCAAGAGAGAGAUCAAGAUCCUGCAGAAUCUGUCUGGUGGGCCCAAUGUCAUACCUCUAUUAGAUGUCGUCCGCGACAGCCAGAGCAAAACCCCUAGCUUGGUUUUCGAAUACGUCAACAACACCGACUUUCGAACGUUAUACCCUCGAUUUGUCGAUUACGACGUGAGGUACUAUAUCUUUGAGCUAUUGAAGGCUCUGGACUUUUGCCACAGCAAGGGCAUAAUGCAUCGAGAUGUGAAGCCCCACAACGUCAUGAUAGAUCACGAACGUCGAAAACUUCGGCUCAUAGACUGGGGUUUGGCUGAGUUCUACCAUCAGGGAAUGGAAUAUAAUGUCCGCGUCGCAUCGAGAUAUUUCAAAGGACCCGAACUGCUCGUAGAUUUUCAGGAAUACGAUUAUUCGCUCGACAUGUGGUCAUUAGGGGCUAUGUUUGCGUCGAUGAUAUUCCGAAAAGAGCCUUUCUUCCAUGGCAACAGCAACUCAGACCAAUUGGUCAAAAUCGCAAAAGUCUUGGGUACCGAUGAGCUAUUCGAAUACCUCGACAAGUAUGACAUAGAGCUUGAUCCUCAGUACGACGAAAUUCUUUCGCGCUUCCCCAAAAAGAGCUGGCAUUCUUUUGUCAAUGCCGAAAAUCAGAGAUUUGUCAGCCCUGAAGCUAUAGAUUUCCUGGAUAAAUUGCUCAGAUAUGACCACGCUGAUCGGCUCACUGCCCAAGAGGCCAUGGCACACCCUUACUUCGCUCCUGUCCGAGCUGCCGCAACCCAAGCCCUCCAGAAUAGCGGAACUCCUACUCACGCUUGAUUCAUCUCUCAGUGACUGGCCCGGAUGCCCAUUCAUUCAACAUUUUCCGUUACUAUUUUUAAAGCCUGUAUCUGGCUUCCGAUUUUCAUAUUACGCAUCUCUCUCACCUUAUUCUCGUACGAAAGAAACCUGUCCUGGAAAGUGGAGCAUUUAGCAAUAGGUUUAUGGCACGUCGUGACGUUACUUACGGACCUUCCAACAUGACCAUUCAAGGAGUAUAUGAUGAAGAAUUACUUUACGAACAUUGUCAUCUUGAAUUUGUUGCAUUCUUUCGCCUCUUUUCCUUUACCUUCUUCCUUUUUUAUUCAAGUGGGUCUGUUGGAUGCCUUUGCCAUUUUUUAUUCUUCUUCCUUAUUUUUCGUUCCGGUUUCCUUUCGCCUUUUAAUGUAUAACGCGUAGAGAAUCAAUAUGGUUUAUUUUAUCUCUAUCAUCCUUUCCCGUCUGACGUAUUCUUUUGUAGCCUGUUUCAUUCAUUAAGAGUUAGCAGGUCAUAUACUCCGUAGAUUUUGUCCACUAUAAGACCCUGUGCACGUGACUCAACCAGACUUUUGACUCAUCCUAAAAAUCAUCUGGAGUCCGCAGAAAAACAGUUCAG